UUGCAAUGAAAUGGGUAAUAUACCUACGCGAAUUGCAGCGCCAAUUGCCAUCAAUCAAGUUCGAAUUUGGCAACUCUGGCCGCUCGUUAAUUGCACAAUUGUGUGCGCCGAGUUAGGAUAAAGAUAAUCCCAGCGGUUGAAAAUUACGAAAUGAAACUGGAUUGCACUACCAGUCAGUCUCCCGACGGCAAUGACCACAGCCAGAAGUGGUCCAAUGAAAUUCUCACGUUGACAAUGGAUCGAACGAUAGCGAUUUUAUUGAUUUGCGUAGCGUCUGGUGUGCAACUGGCCUCAGCCGAAAAUCUUCUCACGAAUUCCAACAUCAUGCACGGGUUUAUAUUCCCGGGAAGCGUAACGGUGGCCGUCGGUGAAAGUGUCCACCUGAAGAUCCUCGUUACCAUGAUCGACGGCGACCGGUGUUUGUAUCGUGAACCGGGCUCCGACCAGGACGUGGACAUUCACGCACCGUCUACUCUUGGAGAGCCACACGUCAUUGCGCCGUCGAAUACGAGCGAAGGCACGCGGAACGUAAACGUGGACGCCGACGAGUGCGGGAUCAAGAUUUUGAACAUCAAUCACGUGGAUGCCGGAUUUUGGCGGCUGACUCUGGUCCGCGACAGCGACCUUAUACGGGGCAUCUCGAUGGUGAACGUGAUCGAUGUUCCGACGGUGCCGGACACCAGCGACAGAGAUUCCAUCGCCGGACUGGAGGAGAUUACCCCGACGGGGACGAACUACUGUUACGUUCUGAGGGAUAGUGAUGAACAUACCAGGGACACUCCGAUGUACGAGCAGUGUUCGCUGGAGGUGGACGAAAUGGAUCCCACCGGGACUGGGCACUGGAACGUGAUUGCCGGAGUGCAAGGGUACAUGCGUGAAAUGCACUUCGCCAUCAACAUCGAACACAAAGAUGAGCAAAUAUCCCCUUCUGUUCACCGGGGAGCGGACUUCCAUGUGCUGAUGUGCAACCUCCAGUACAGCCGCUCGAUGAUUCGGUUCUGUCGGUUCGUACGGGUGGCGGACAACCUGGGCCUGAACAUGCUGCCGGGCGUCGGAUGGGAUCGGUAUCGUUACUACGGGAACGGAUUCGACGUUGGGGAUUGUGGACUGGAGGUGGAAGAGCCGGACACGAUCGAUAAGGGGUUGUGGAAGUGUGUGGUUGGCUAUGGGGAUGAUGACAUGAUGAAGGUUGCCGGUGCGAUUAUGGACAAUAGCGACGAGGAAGCGGCGUUGGCAAUCAUAUCGGUGGAGAAUGUCAACGCGCUGAGUGGAGCGGAAAUGACACUUCAGUGUAAUGCGAAUAAGCCACUGGAUUACUGCUGGUUCAGGGAUCAGGAUGGAGAGAUCUACUCGGUUUCGGAGAAUUUAGUGCACGGCGAAGGGACGAAUUAUUGGUACAGCGGAAUAUCGUUGGCUUUGGGUGACUGUGGAAUUAGGUUUAAGCCAGUUUCGGAAAACAUGACAGGACAGUGGAGUUGCCACGUGGGCAGUACUAGGUAUUCUUCGUUGGAGGUAUCAGCAGGUAUGGACGUGAAGGUUGGAAGUUCCCAAAUCAUUGCAAAGGCAGACACAGUGGUUGCUACCGUGGGCACCGCUCUUGUGGUGGAGUGUUCUUCGAUUCCCAAGAACACUCCAUUCCAGUACUGUCGAUUUGUUACACCAAGCGGUCAAGCGUUCAGCUUGGACGAAGGUAUAACCUCAGAUCAAGCUAUACUGAACAACUACUACUCAAAUCCAACGCAUGAGCCGAAAAAGGGAUACUGUUCUCUAGUAAUCCUGAGCGUGACCUCCUCUGACCUGGGGCCAUGGAUUUGCGCCGGAAAAAUAGCAGGCCAUGCAAUGGAACAGCACACGAUGUUCGAGGUAACAACCAUCCAGUCCCAACCGGAUCAAGCUCAGUUGAGUACAGCCGGCAUUGUAGGUAUGGCCAUUGGUGCGGGCGUCAUUGUUCUCGCCGCCAUCGGGUUAGGAUACUACAGCUUUAGACGACGCUUGCGGAAACUAACCACAGCGGUAAACCUCGAGCAGGAGAUGGAAACCAGAGCUACAGAGAGAGCAGAAGCUAUACAGCAACGAUUCAGUGUAGUCAGUCUGGGUAGAAGAUCUAGCGACGGUAGUCGGCAAAGCCAAGGCAGUGAUAAUCAACUACGUAGCGUGGAAAGGUUGUAGAUAAGUUGUAAAAUAAUUAUUCGAAUAAAAGUAACAUAGAAAGGUA